CUGUGGAUCCACAGAUCUUGGAAUCAUUUUCGCGCAGUGGGCUCCACAUGCUCGUGACCUCCGAGGAUGCAGGUGUGGCAGACCGUCUCCAGUGUUCGGCAACGCGCUCGCAAUGCUGAGAUUAUCACCAAGCGGUUGAAAGAAGAAGUAAAGCAUAAACUGGUGAAGUGCACCCAUGACCAGAUCAGCACAUUCGAAGAACAUGCGCGUGUUCUCAAGGAGAAGGCUGCACGGGAAGAGGUCGAAGAGGAGGCCGAGCUCAUCCGCCUCAGCGAGGGCUGGUCCCGCGCGCGGGCAGCGCAGCUGGAACGACAGCUUGCAGCGACCCUGGCAGACAACCACAGCGAGUCAAGCAGCAUCAAGAGCGGGACCACCAAUCUCCUCAGAAAUAGUCGAAGUGAAUCCACAUUGCCUUCGCGGGCAUAUUUGGACAGGUCGGAGGUCUUGCAUGCCUACCGCCCACCCUCACCUCUACAUCUCUAUGAUUAUGGCAGUAUCACCGUGAGGCCACGGUCCCAGCAGCAGCAAGUGAGAAACAGAGGUGGCGAAGCAAGUCGACCAGCAUAUAGGCAAGAGUUUUGUGGCGUUUACUUUCCUGGGCCAGAGUGCAAGCAAGGGCCCUAUGGCACAAGUAUGGUGGAUCCCAUCUUGAUGCCUCCCAGGUCAUGGGUCAAGAGUCAGCAUCCGCCAGAUCGCUACCGGGACACGGCUGAUUUGCGGCCCCGCACCGCAGAGGGAAGAGAUCGGCCAAUGAAGGCGACGUGUGCAGAAACAGUGCUGGCGCAGCACGAAGAGUCCAAGCCCAAGGAGGCUUUUAUUCGCAGCACUCGGGCACAAGAAACCAUCAUCAAGUGCCGGAAGGACGCGGCGCGGAAGAAGAAUCAGGAAGCUUUCAUCGAGCAUGUUCGUUUUGAACAAGGCCAGUUCGAUGGCCGCUUUGCCAACCCUUUGUCGAAGAAUUCGGGAUGGACCAAUGAAGAGAUGGCCAACGAGAUGAAGAAGAUCGGCGAGGAGCCUUUGAGUUCUCUUCCGCGGAUGGCUUGGGACCCGCAGAGCGUAGCAGAGGCCAGCUUCGGUGGUCUCACCACAUUGGCCAAACAUAUCUUCCUCAGCUUGCACAGCGUCAUGCGGAAACGACGCGCGACCCUGAAGCAUCUCUUCAAGUACGUGAACCAUGGGGUGCCAGGCAUUCUGGAACCGGCGGAGUUCUUAGAAGGGCUGCAAAGACUUGGGAUUGUGGAGCGGGGAGAGUGCUCACCUCAACAGAUGGCCGACUUGAUGCAAGAUUUGGAUCCCAACUUUGACGGGCGCGUCAUCCUUAGCGAAGUUCAUCGCUGCGUGCAGGCAACCAGAGCAAUUUGUGGUCAGAAGGUCUUCAAAGAUCACCUGAACCGGGGGAACACCACGAUCCUGGAAUCUCGACCGGUUUGGGUGGAUCUUUGCGACACCGCGACCUGGAAUCCGGCCGAAACGUGCAGGGCCUUGCGCAGGGGUCUAGGAGUUGGUUUGCCAAUGAUGCUAGUGGGGCUCUCGGGACGCACCUGCGUAGAUGACGGCUUUCGCCCAUUUACAGGCAUGAGCUCAGCAAAGCGGUGGCCGACUUCACAGUGCCUGAGGCACCCACGAAUCUGUACUCAGAGAGCAUGCCGGUGGAGAAAGUCAAGGUGGAGAUGAAACCUAAGUCUCUUUGGGACUUCGAGUGUUCCUUCGAGCAGCUUCGACAGCAGCAACAUGAGCUGUUGAUAAUUCACAAAGAAAUAAAUAAGUAAAGAGAGAUGUAAAGAGUAUACGGUGGCCUCCAGAAGUUUGUCCUGACGCUCUGCGGGGUUCAGACGUUUCUUGAUGUUUCUGGUGUGUUUUUGUUCGGGGGGCCACCUGAACAACCAGGGUAUUCAACGAAUUGGUGUCCACCUGAA